GCCGCGCAUGCGCAGCAGGGCGGAGAGAGCCGUCACUGUCGCCGUGGCAGUGCGAGGGGGGACGAGAGGGCACAGUUGAUUCUGAUGGCGAUGGAAGCCCUCGGGGAGGCCGGCCUGCACUUCGACGAACUCAACAAACUAAGGGUCCUGGACCCUGAGGUGGCGCAAAGUACAAUAGAACUGAAGGAGGAGUGUAAGGACUUUAUAGAAAAAAUAGGCCAGUUCCAAAAAAUUGUUGGUGGUUUAAUUGAGAUAGUCGAUCAACUUGCUAAAGAAGCUGAGAAUGAAAAGAUGAAGGCCAUAGGUGCUCGAAAUCUUCUGAAAUCAGUUGCCAAGCAAAGAGAAGCUCAACAGCAGCAGCUCCAAGCUUUAAUAGCUGAAAAGAAAAUGCAGCUUGAGAGGUACCGGAUAGAAUAUGAUGCACUGUCAAAAGUAGAAGCUGAACAAAAUGAGUUCAUUGAUCAGUUCAUUCUUCAGAAGUGAAGUGGGAAGAAGAGACACUAACAUGAAGCAUUUUAACUGUAAUGUUGCAGUGACUAUUCCAUUAUGACAUUCCUUCAAACGGUGAUUUUACACAAUGUGUAAUCUUGCAUUGCCUUUUCAUAUUUAUUGAAUAUAUAUCAAGCAGUUCUUUCUAUAAUGCAGAUUUAUACGUGGUUUAUUUCGAUUACAAAAACAAUUUUCAGUGCACAAUUGUAAUAACUACGUUUUUAGAAUGACAUUUCCAUAAGUAUCAAAACACUAUAAUUCACAUGUAAAUAUUUUGUUAGUUCAGAUUAUUAUAUAUAUUUAUGUUAUUAUUCAUAAAUAGUUCCUUCAACUUGUGAGACUGUGGUCUAUGAAUUUUUCACUUGAGUAUUCUUUUGUCAGCAUUAAUAAAACUGUUGAAGCUGCGUCUUAUCCCUCUCAGCCAUUUCAGGUGAUAUUGUGUACUACAGGGUUGCCUCUGAUAUAGUAGAUGCUGAAAACAAUCUUGCAGCAAAACUAGCCAGAAUGUUGGCUUAAUAUGCAAUCCUCAACAGGAAAUACAGAUAUUUGACAUUGGGCUGUAAAUGGUUUGACUGACCUGUCAACCUGUCUCUUAAAGGAAUUAAUGUGGUUUCAGUUAUAGCUGGCUUAGUCUGACCUACGUCCUCUCUCUCCAUCCUCAACACUACAGAUGUUUUACGACCUUAUCCAUGAAGUGGGGGAGAUUAUUUUAGAGUAACUUCAUAUAUGUGUGGAGUGUAUGCAUGUUCUGCCCAUUGUUAGAGUUCUUGUGAUAUCGAAGAAACAGAUUUGGCGCAGUGCAAAGCAAAAUUGCAUGUCUUCCCUUUUUUAUUAUUACUCAAUUAUAUCCAUUUCAAAAUUAGUUCACCUCAGUUCUGUCUCAAUGUAGAAAAUUCUAGGAAAUAUUCCACUGAGAGUCAUACAACAUGGAAAUAGACACUUCGGUCCAACUAGUUCACACCGACCACAUUCCCAAACUAAACAAGUUCCACUUGCCUGCAUUUAGCCUAUAUCCCUCUAAACCUUUCCUAUUCAUGUACUUAUCCAAAAGUCUUUUAAAUGUUGUAACUGUACCUGUAUCCACCACUUCCUCUGGCAGUUCAUUCCGACAAGAAUUAAAAAAAAAAAGUUGCCCCUCAUGUCUUUUAUAAAACUUUCUCCUCUCACCUUAAAAAUAUGCCCCCUAGUUUUGAACUACCCACCCUUGGGAAAAGACCUUUGCUAUUCACCUUUUGCUAUGCUCUUCAUGAUUUUAUAAACCUCUCUAAGAUCACCCCUCAACCUCCUAACCUGAAGUGAAAAAAAUCCUAAACUAUCCAGCCUAUUUUCAUAACUCAAACCCUCCAUUCCUAGAAAUAUCCUGGUAAAUAUGUUUUGAACCCCUUCCUAUUGCAGGAAGAGCAGAACUGCACACAGUAUAAGAGGCCUCACCAAUGUCCCAUACAACCUCAACAUGACAUCCCAACAAUUAGAAAGAAUGGGAAUAAAUCUGAUCAAUUCCCCUUGAGAAUAGCCACAAACAUGUAGGUUUGAGGAUCAUGUUAUUAGUCUGAAUGAAAAUUCAGUCACCCUUACUGAAGCAAAUUAUUAGGAUAACUCUUUCACAGCAGUCUUGAGGAAGUUCACUUGUAUGCAUUAGCGUGACAGGUAAUUUAAUACACCAAUUGCUUCUUUACCAAGGGUAAUAGAUUCACUUAGUUUUAACCCAGUGGUAAAUAAACCGUUCAAGUGACUAUUGUAAUUAGUCCGAUAAUGUAAAAUGUUGUCUCAAACUAAAUGCCUUCCUCAUCCAAAAUUUUUCAACAGAAUUUUAUUUAGCUUUGAUUAUAUACUGCAAUAGUAAUUGAGCUUGAAUGCCAAAGUAUCUAUUUUUCAGUAUUUCUCCAAUUGUAUUACACACUGCGCCUUUACAUACAGUUGAACAGCUGUAGAAUCUAUUUUAAUGGGCUUUUUGUUUGCUUAGCGUGUUCACGUUUAUUUUUAAAUUAAGCAAAGAGUACUUGAGUAUCGUACUGUUAUGGAAGAACAUUCAGCCAACAGUGUACAUCUUUCCAGGACUCAAUUAAUUUUGUAAUUUGUCCCAAUCUGCCCCCUCUGCUCAGAGACUCUGGAACUGGGAAAAAAAAUUUUCUGAAUGCUUCAAUAAAGUCCAUAUUUAAUGUGCCAA